ACUUAAAAAUUAUUCCUCAUAAAAGAUAAAAUACGAUCUUGCUCUUAAUAGGAUUAGGGAUGCAAAUGCAGGUAAACGGUCUUCACUCGUCCUUCGAUUCUGGGCAAAGUCGGUGCUCUCGAGGAUCUAAGAAUAUACUCCAAUUGGUUCCGGAAUCUCGCGGCGAAUUGCAGUCUUGGAGGCAACAUGGACGAGAUUCCAGAACCUUCAUCCAGAGGCAGAAAACGCCUCCGGGACCAAGAAGAUACCGAGCCCCAAUGCAGCGAUCUUGAUCAAACUCUAUCCCUAGAGGAAAAUCUUACAUUUAGCGAUACACUGGUGGCGCUUCGCAUGAUGCGAGCUCAGUUCCCUCACAUUGAGAAGGUCGCAAUUCAGCCCUUUGUUUUAAGGUCACAAUUAUACAGCAGCGUAAAGGACAGAACGCAAGUGGAUAGAGAAUUGGAGUGUUUAAGAAGAGAGAAAGUAGUGCGCAUAUUCAAAUUAAAUACUGGACAGGAUGAUCAUGCUGUAAUGUUUCAAGACGACUAUCUAAACCAGAUAGAACGUGUUGUGAAAAGACUGGGAGAAAAGAAGCAGGGUGAUCUUGAAGUUUUUAAAUGGUUUAGAACACAUGUUGUGGAUGCUAAGCUGGAAUCUAGUAUAGAACAUCAAGAGCUUCAUACACUCUUAUCACUUGGGGGAAAGGUUAAGGAUGGACACAUCUCCCUUUUAAUCAAUGCUGGCCUUUUUACUCGUCAGCUUAUUGAUCCGAACAUGUACUGGUUUGCAAUUCCAAAUAUUGGUUCAGUGCUAAAGGGUCUCUCUCAGGGAAGAAAGGAAGUGCUUUCUUUCCUAAACCGCAGGAGAUACAAAGAGAUGAUGUCAACUUCUAUGGAGAAGAAGCGUCUCCGGUUGUCUCCACUCGAUAUGAGAUUUCAUCUUCGUGAUCUGAUUGGCUCGGGUCACCUCAAAACAAUCCAGACAUCAACUGGCUUAGUUGUUCAAGUGUCUAAAGAUUAAAACCCCAGGAAGACACCAUCUCUCCUCUUGGGUCCAUCUGAUGAUGACAAAACUUCUCUUGGUUUUCAAUCUAGAGAAGAGGUAAAGUUUCUUAUGCUCUGGAAUGAUAAGCUACUGAUGCUAUCCAUAGAUUUACAUGUGAUGAUUAAAGUGACUAAGAUACACCCAUUGGGGAAUGUUUGGUUCACAAAGAGAUCUCACAAAAUAAACUUACAAACUGAUAUGGCUAGUUGCGGUGCAUUAGAUUGUAAAGCUAUUUUUAUUAUAAAGCAGAUCUAAUAAAUCACAUCUAGCCACAUCGAUUUAUGAGAUUACUUUUGUGAAAUCUAUUUGUGAACCUAAUCAGUUCAUCCCUGUUCUAUUAUUAAG